GCCAUAAACUGUAUAUUAUUCAAUCUCUCAUCGCUUUUCUCUUCAGAAAGGACAGUAACCUGACAGUAACCUGAGUCAGUAGUAUUGCAUUGCAGUAGUGCAGAUCCAGCUUCGCUCAUGACUGGAAACGCUAAAAUAGUCAUCAUAGGAUGCGGUAUAUCCGGUAUAUCAGCGGCGCACCGACUCGCUAACGCUGGGUUUCAUCAUGUGCGGAUACUUGAAGCGACUGCAAGAAGCGGAGGAAGAAUCAAAACAGGCAAAUUGGGUGAUAACAUUGUUGAGAUAGGAGCAAACUGGAUCCAUGGACCGUCUGAGGAGAACCCGGUGUUUUGUCUUGCCCGUCAGUACAGGCUGCUGGAUCCAGAGGCCCUCACCCCAGAGAACCAGGCCCUGGACAUCGGAGGACACCCCCCCUGGGUUCCAAACGCUUUCAGCAGUUCAGGUCGGAAGCUGAAGGCUGAGGACAUCUAUCCUGCUCAGGAGAUGUUUGCUGAUCUGAUGUAUGCGAGUUCAGAAUUUGAGAGUAAAGGAGGAGAACCCUGGGCUUGUGUGGGAGAUUUCAUACGGUCAGAGGCUAAACGACGAGCAGCAGAGGAGUGGAAAGAUAUUGAUGCAACCACCAGAUCUCUGCGAAUGUGUGUGAUCAGUAACAUGUUGAAGGUAGAGUGCUGUGUUAAUGGCUCUCACAGCAUGGAUGAGGUGGGCCUGGGGGCAUACGGCUUAUACAAGACUUUACCUGGACUGGACUGUACAUUCCCAGGUGGCUAUGAAGGUCUAACCAAAAACUUGAUGUCAGAGCUUCCCAGUGGUUUAGUGACCUACAAUCAGGCUGUCCGCUGUGUCCACUGGAACAACACAGAGAAGAGAGAAAACCCUGUGACGAUUGAGUGUGAUGACGGGGAGAAGAUUGCUUGUGAUCAUGUUAUUGUCACAGUACCUCUAGGAUACCUAAAGAAGCACCAUUUAGCACUGUUUCGUCCCCCUCUCCCUCUUCACAAGCUGCACUCAAUCCAGCGACUAGGUUUUGGAACAAACAAUAAAAUAUUUGUGGAGUUUGAUUCACCGUGGUGGGAUGCUGACUGUGAGAUAAUCCAUCUUGUGUGGGAAGAUGAGGAUGUCAUGGUGGACCACGUGCCAGAUGUACAGAGAUCCUGGAUAAAGAAGUUGUUUGGCUUCACUGUGCUGAAACCCACCAAAAGGUAUGGCCAUGUUUUGUGUGGCUGGAUUGCUGGGCAUGAGUCAGAGUAUAUGGAGACACUGUCUGAACAAGAGGUCACACACACCAUCACACAACUCAUCCGCAGAUUUACAGGAAACCCUACCAUCACCCCUACGAGAGUCUUGCGCUCCCAGUGGUGUCAUGACCCCUGGACAUGCGGAUCAUACAGUUACCCAGGAAUAGGCUGUUCAGCACAGGACCUGGACAACAUGAUGGAGCCCAUGCCUACGAAGGGAUCACAGUCACAACCCCUGCAGGUGUUGUUUGCUGGAGAAGCUACUCAUCCCUGCUACUACUCCACCGUCCAUGGUGCUGUUCUCACUGGGUGGAGAGAAGCUGACAGACUCAUCUCUCACUACUCCUCCAUCAGUCCGUCUGAGGCACCCAAGUCCAAGCUUUAAAAGAGCAACGGUGCUUUGACGGAGAUUUAUCAUAUGUCAUAUGCUUAAAUCUGCAACUUUCUUCAAGCUUUGAUCUCAGAGUUUAUUUGGAGGAUUAUGUGGGAGCCUGCUUUUUUAUUUAAAUCAGUCACUUAAAGUGCUCAUAUUAUGCUUUUUCCCUUUCCUUUCUUGUGUUCUAUAUCUUUUG